UAUAUAUAUAUAUCUUUCUAACCGAAUAGAUAUUAAACAAGUACUAAAGAGUUAGCGACAUAGUUACCGCUCUCGUUGCCAUAAUAACUAUAAUAUGCAAUUAAUUCAAUCGAAUAAUGACAGUUAUCUCGCGUGCAAAUGAUGUGACAUUUAAUAUUCGAUGCUACAGUCCAUCAAAGAUCAAGGAGCAUCGGAAAAAUGGGUCGAACGAAAGCUCCCAAAGAAAUACAGUUAGAAACAUGGCUUAUCAGGGACAAAAUAAGUCGAUAUCGUGGAAUUCUAAAGUUACAUGCGCGCGAUAAGAAGCUGCAGCUGUCGCAAGCUACAAAAUUGAAAUCAAUAGUGUCAAGGAAGAUCGCGUCUUUGGAUGUAGACGUUAAAAGAGAUCGUGAAAUCAUCACCGACUUGAGGGAUGAAGAUAAACAACGUGUACUGGGAUCGCUGGCCGACCACAACCGACUAUUUUAUUUGGCGUUUAAUCGUCUGAAACCAUCUCAAAUUUGCUCGGCGGUGUAUGAAGAUUGCGAAGUGAAACGUCGUUUGUUAGACAAACUUUACUACGAGAGAAAGAAAAAAUUGCAACGAGGUAUUGAACUACAGUCGAAACGUUGUGUUCUUUUAACCGAGCUCGAGGAACAAAGUGAGGAAUUACCGCACUGCGAACAACAAAACUUGAUAGCGAGAUUACAGCAAUCCAUCACGAAAUAUGACGCGGCGAAAGCGAUAUACUCCACGUACUUCUCGAUGUUAAAUAUCUUGAGGAAGGACGCGAUAUUCUUCGUUACUCUGUUAAAUAAUUUAAAAGAAGAUCAAUCUUCCCAAUGUAAAGCGAUGUUGAGGGUGACGGUGAUGGGUCAGCUGGCGGCCGAGAAUCUGGACGACGUUAAACAGAAAUAUAAACGAAUGACUCGUAUCGUUUUGCAUAAUAUGAAAAUCAGAGAGCAAAUGUUGAGCACCGUACGCUGUCAAGUGGAAGAUUUGUGGGCUUACGCACAGUCCUUGGUUCGCAUUGAGAGUGACCAUAUUUUUGCAAAAAAAGAUACCAACGCAUCUGCCGAUAAAAUAUUAGAAAAUCAAUUAACGCAUCUAGAAAGUAUUUGCGUUAAAGUACAAGAAACUUUACUCGUGCGCUCUUAUUAUGACUUAUUAUCAAGGCUUGAAACCCAAUACGAGCAGAAGAGAGCUUUGCUGGCGCGAUUAGAUGCCAAUUUAAAGAAUCGCGAUCUUUUGUUAAACAAAAAGAAUCAAGCUUUACAAAUUCUCGAGAAUCUCAAGCAUUUUACAAAACCUGCAGCAGAACAGUAUAAAAUAAACGGUAUACACGAUAUGCUGGAACAAAUCGAAAUUGAGAAGAAACGCGAGAAAGAUCUUAAAGAACAGAAAAAAAUUCGCGGCGAAUUAUUAACAAAUAUCAGAGCAGCUUUACAAAAUAUGAACAUGAUGCUGCUCCGUAUCAAACAUAGCAUCAAAAUUGCGAAGAAGAUACACAAAGACGUGAAUAAGAAUAUGCUGAAAGAAAGUAUAAUCAUCAACGAUAAAGAAGAUUCGGAAGAUAUGCUACUUGAACUUGAAGGAAUAGACACUGAUGUUUUGGUACUGUUAUCAAAAGUUAGUCGGAAAAUAGGCAUUCUCUUCGGUAUGAGCAACUUUGAUCUCGAGCAGGAAAAGGAAAAUAGAGCGCGGGAUCUCUAUCAAACUUGUGUAUCGAAAUAUACUUCCAAUUUGAUAUUCGGAACUGGUGAAGAAGAACCGAUUGGUAAAUAUUAUUAUUAAUAUUUUACACAUUUUUAUCUAACAUACCAAUAAGCUGUCAUUGUUCAAUAUCCAUAUAAAUCACAUAAUUUUACAGGACUAUUGGUUGACCAUGAGGUGGUUGACGUCACUAUUCCGACACGAACAGACAUCAAACUCCGUAGCAGACAAAUUAUAGAGGCACAUCUGAAACUGGAAUAAUUUAUCGUGUCAAAUCUAUCAUAAUAAAACGCAAAAUAAUUUUUGU